AGACAAAUUCUCACGUUAGCAAACGUCUAAUUAAAUUUAAAAGGCUUGGUCGGUAGAUACACCGCAAUGAUUUUGUUGAUUUGUUAGAAUCGAAUUUCAAGAUAUUUUAUGAGUUACCAGAAAAGUUUCAGUGGUUCGUUGAGAGAAUGUACCAACAGCAGCAAGACACCUGAGAUCAGCAAGGGAAGUCAGAUGGGGGCCAGCAAAAAUGAACAUUUCGAUCCACAUACUGUUGAAAUCGACAGACAUCAUAAAAUUUUUACAUCCCUGGUGUCUGGAGCAGUUGCAGGAGCAGUAGCCAAAACAACCAUUGCUCCACUCGACAGGACAAAAAUUAAUUUUCAAGUGAGCACAGACAAGAGGUAUUCAUUUCGGGGGGCAUUCAGAUUUGUCAGGCGGACGUACCAGCAGGAUGGUUUCUUGGCGUUGUAUCGAGGCAACUCGGCCACUAUGGUAAGAAUCAUCCCAUACGCGGCCAUCCAGUAUUGCUCGUUCGAACAGUACAAACAUUUCUUACUGAAAGAAAAUGAAAAGUUCCUUCCUCCAUUGCAAAGGUACUUAACGGGUUCUUUAGCAGGUGUUACGGCAGCCUCUGUCACCUACCCUCUCGAUGUUGCCAGGGCUCGAAUGGCCGUCACGCAGAAAUGCACUUACAACACUCUCAUGGAGGUCUUCAUGAAGGUCUACAGAACGGAGGGCCUGCUGACGUUGUACAAAGGGUUUGUGCCAUCGUUGCUCGGCGUCGUCCCUUACGCCGGCACCAGCUUCUUCACGUACGAAACACUCAAAAAGUGGUAUCUAGAGAGAACUGACCACGCCCCUCUGAGGCACGUCCACAAGCUGUGCUUCGGUGCUCUGGCAGGUCUCCUCGGCCAGUCUGCUUCCUAUCCACUCGAUAUCGUCAGGAGGAGGAUGCAAACUGCUGGAGUUCUGAAUAAGUCAAGCAUUUACACAUCUCUCUGGAGCACCAUGCUUUACGUUCUGAAAACAGAGGGACUGAGCAAGGGCCUCUACAAAGGGCUGUCCAUGAAUUGGAUCAAGGGCCCCAUUGCUGUGGGAGUUAGCUUCACCACGUACGAACUCGUCCUCUACGAAAUUAGGAAAUAUGUCUUGCAUCAGAAGAACAUCAAACCAUUUUCAUCGUCGUCCUCCGAUGAUUUGUGAUUCAGCUUCUUUGGUUUCUUCUUCCUCUUCGCUGGCUGGUUUGCUGCUGCUGUUGCUGCUUUACACUUCUGGCUCUGUCGCUGACUGAUUGAUUGAUUGGUUUUAUGGAUAGCCGAUUGAUUGAUUCAUCUCUCUGCAUUCAUUGUUUUUUUGAAAUCUUUAUGCGUAUAAUAUCUUUGGUUUGUUAGUUCUAUUUGGGAUUUUAUUUCCUUCUGAUUCAUUUAAAAUUUCUACAUCGGAAUUAUUUGUUCGUCUGUCUGUUUGUUGUUGUCGUCGUCACGUGAUUAGUGAAUUGAAAAGUUCCGAAUGUUUGUUUGAUUGAUUGAUAGGUUGAGUGAUUGAUUGGUUGAUGGAUUGGUUGAUGGAUUGAAACUUCUCCCUAUUUCGAAUUUCACGUGAUAUUGACUUAUCGUUAAUGUUAUUAUUAUUAUCAUCGCUACCGUUAGCAUUAAGUAGAAUUCUUUCAUCGAUUGUGUUUGCUGCCUUGUCCCACGAGUUUGCAAGCGCCUUUGUUAGAUAAUGAACAACAAUCCGCACGUUUUAGUCACACUCACCAUCGUCGUCGUCGUACAGCGUGUAGUUUUUAUCGCUUGAAUGGUUGAAUUUCAAUCAGAUUGGUUGAUUGUCUGAUUGGUAGAAUAAUUGAUUGAUUGAUUGAAUAAUUGGUUGAUUGAUUGAUAUUGUUAUUUCGUACCUAAUACAAAUUUAAAGUAAUUUAUUGUCCUAUCAAGUCAAGUCAGUAAUGGUUUGUUCAGUUUACUUGAGUUCAGCUACAAAUGAGAAAUUUAGAGAUCAGAUGUUUCAUCAGUGCGCUGAGGUUGAAGUUCCUCGUUGCUUCCUUACAUAAUGAGAUAAAUGCAGCGUUGACAUCAAUGGAAUCACACAAUGCCGAUGGAUGCUCACAUGCUCGCGCGGUUAUUUUGUUACAUCUGAUCAUUGAAUAAGUAUUUAAUUUGCGACGUUUAAAACAUGUGUAUAAUAUAAAUUUAUUCAAUCAUUAAGAACAUUUAUCUUUUUGUAUUUCAUACGUUUUAGAUGUUAACUUGUUUGUAAUUAUUUUAAACUAUUUCGAAAUGAAAGUGCAACUGAAGCUUUCCAGCCAGUGGUUCAUGACGCUGCAUCUCAAUGAAAACAACCCAUACUAAACUAACUGCAUGUUCAACAAUAACACAUACACACACAUACUGACAUAUAUACAAACAUACAUACAUACACAUACAGACAUACAAAUUUUUACCGCAUGCAAACUGACAAACGAAAAUAUUAAAAUUCGCUGAAUAGUGUGUAAAGUAGUGAGAAUGAGGUACCUACCUACCUGUAUAAAAUAAUACAUUGAAUGCUGCAUGCAUAAUAGGAUAAAGCUUCGUCAUGUGCAGUUGUUUUAUUUAUUUAUUUCAAAAAUUUCCUUCAAAGAAACAACAAAGAAAACAAUUUUUUAGCACCUCUAACAAUUUGCUCGCAUUAUCAGUGAUAUUUUCAACAGUAUAUUUAUCAUUAUUAUUGAAAAUAUUUAAUUAAUGAUAAAGAAAAUAGAAAUUAAAUAAAAAAGCUUAAUUGAAAAA